UCACCAUCACAAGAGAUCCAGCAGGUCUCCACCUAAAAGCUGUGUUAGCGGCAGCGCAGCUCCACUCAGGUCGGAGCAGCAGCGCUGUGCCCUCGAGCCCUGCAGCCCCCUUUCCUCCCUGCCCCCAGCACCGCGAUGCCCGGAGCUAGAACGAGUCUGCAGGCGCAGCCCGCCGUAAAGAGCAUUAUGGUUUACAGGAACGGGGAGACCGGGCGCGGGCCACGCCGCGUGGUCGUACACGAGAAGCGCGUGAGCAGCCUGGAGGCGCUGCUGCGCGAGCUGAGCGGAGGCACGCGGAGGCUGCACACACCGCACGGCCACAGAGUGGGGGCGCUGCAGGACAUUCAGCACCGCGGCGCUUACGUAGCGGUGGGACCAGAGAGCUUCAGAAAAAUAGACUAUUUGCAAAUAGGAAGUAGGAAUAAAACUCUGCAGAGCAAUGGAGUGGUGAAACCAGUGCCUCAAAACCGUAUCAACGUUUCAGCCAGAUUCCUCGAGCCAAUCAAAGAGCCAUGUACAAUAUUUGUUGUAGCGAAUGGAGACGUGUUGAAUCCAGCAGUGAGAUUUCUGCUUCCACACCGUAUUCUGGGUCAGUUUGAGCGGAUCCUGGAGAUAAUCACUGAGAAGAUGGGGCUGAGGAUUCUGGGAGGAGUGCGCAGUCUAUGUACAUUUGAUGGUAUCUCUGUAACGGAUGGAAAGGAUUUGGAAAGUGGCCAGUUUUACGUUGCGGUGGGCAGAGAUAAGUUUAAGAGGCUCCCCUACGCUGACCUACUAUUCACUAAACCCAUGGGCAUGAGGAGAGUUGUCAGAUCAAAAGCAGCAUCCCUACCCCCAAUAUAUGGAUUUAGAAGACAAAAUGGAGAUCUGGGAAACCACCUCAGUAAGUCAACAGCAGGUUGUGGUGACUCUGGGGAGUCGAAGACCAGUCCACCAGCCCAUAGCACCAAGCAGCCAAUUGCCUCUUUGGUGCGAGAAAUCUCCCAGGCCAGGCUUAUGACUCUUCGGAAAAAACGCAGCGGACUGAUGAUGUCCCUGAGUGGCCAGGAGAAUGAUGAUGCAGAGCUGAAAGCAGAAGGGGAGGAUGAGGAGAGUGGAGACAAAGAGUUGGGAGGAGAACCUUCAGCAGUUGAGGAGGAAAAGGCUGAGGCCGAAGAUGAGAGUCCAGAGUCAGAGGAGACUGCCCAACCUGCAGAAGAACCCACGGGAGAGGGUGAGGAAGAGACUGAAACGGAGGAGAAGAUGGAAGGGGACGGAGAGGGGGAAGAAAUAGCACAGAAUGAUGAAAAGACGGCAGAGGCUGAAGAGGCAGAACAAGUGGAGGGAGAGGAG